CGGAGGCGGAGGCGGGACGGCCGGGCUGGUCGCGAGGAGCCGCCCUCCGGGAAGAGCCCAAAAAAGAAUCGGCGGCACAAAAUGGCGGCGGCGGCGGCCGGGGCUUCGGUGCUGGCGGCCCCCGCGUUGGCGGCCGGGGCUUCCGGCUCGGGGGGAGCCACCCCAGGGUCGCAGGGGGUGCUGAUCGGUGACAGGCUCUACUCGGGCGUACUCAUCACCCUGGAGAACUGUCUGCUGCCCGACGAUAAGCUGCGCUUCACGCCAUCCAUGUCGAGCGGUCUCGACAGCGACACGGAGACCGGCCUCCGCGUGGUGGGCUGCGAGCUCAUUCAGGCAGCCGGCAUCCUGCUCCGCCUGCCGCAGGUGGCCAUGGCUACAGGGCAGGUGUUGUUCCAGCGGUUCUUUUACACGAAGUCCUUCGUGAAACAUUCCAUGGAGCAUGUGUCCAUGGCUUGUGUUCACCUGGCUUCCAAAAUAGAAGAGGCUCCAAGACGAAUCAGGGAUGUCAUCAAUGUAUUCCACCGCCUUCGGCAUCUCAGAGAGAAAAAGAAACCUGUGCCUCUGGUGCUGGAUCAAGAGUAUGUUAAUUUAAAAAACCAGAUUAUAAAGGCAGAGAGACGCGUUCUCAAGGAGCUGGGCUUCUGUGUCCAUGUGAAGCAUCCUCACAAGAUAAUCGUUAUGUACCUUCAGGUGUUAGAGUGUGAGCGUAACCAACACCUGGUCCAGACUGCAUGGGUAGCCUCUGAGGGUAAGUGACUAAGACUUCUCCUCUGCUGUCCAAGCGCUUUGGUGCAGGGACAGCGGCCGUCUUCAGCCAAUCCAGUGCAGGCUCUCCACCGAAGGCUGGCUCUAGACUGGUGGUAUGCGUACCUGAUAGUAUAGUCAUGGCCGACUGCUGCUUGUGGUUCUCUGACGAUUGUGCUUCUUGUUAAUCCUGUCGUGCUUGGUAAUUGUAUCAAUUAGAGUUGAUAAUUGUCUUGACUUGAAUUUUGUUCUUUUAAAAUUGCUGUACCUGUACAAUAAAGAUGCAAUACCUUUCUUUUAAAAAAAAAAAAAAUAUAUAUAUAUAUAUAUGUGGGGCAGGAGAGAUGGCUCAGUGGUUAAGAGUACUGACUGCUCUUCCAGAGGUCCUGAGUUCAGUUCCCAGCAACUACAUGGUGGCUCACAACCAUCUGUAUUGUGAUCUGCUGCCCUCUUCUGGCCUGCAGGCAUAUAUGCAGACAGAACACUGUAUACACAAUAAAUAAUAUUAAAAAAAUAUGUACAGAAAGCGGUAAGAACUGAAGUGACAAAUUGGCAUAGUGGAAAUUCAGGCUGUUACUGGAUCUUUUCAUUAUUUCUCCCAAGUCCUACAGUUGCUCUUUUCAGCAGCUUAAGUAGGAUUUAUUCCAGUAAAGGUAUUCAUCUUUAAGUUAAACUAUUGUAAUUUAUUUCUAAUGUAGCAUUAAGUUUAAAUACACAUUUAAAGGAUUUCACUUGUUUUUAGAACUUAAAAUACUGUGUUAAUAUAUUUGAAUACUAAAAAUUCCUUAUCAGUAAUAAAGUUAUGUGUGAUAUUUGUUAAUGUUUAUGCUGUUUAGCCACAGAAUGGCUCCUGAGAGAUGGACAGUGCAGCUAUCUUUCUGACUUCUGAUGUAUAGAGUUAAUGCUUCCAGGGCCAGCUGCCUCUCAUAGACAUCUGUAGAAUUUGUUUAAAAUGUUAGAAUGGGUUUGAAUGUUACCUUCUCUGAGGUUUUAGGACAAAGGUACUGGGUGGGGCAUUUGAAUCUCAUGAGGUACAGCCUGGCGUUAGGGUAUGCUGUGCCAUUAUUGGAUAUGUUGGGCAGUGUAUAAUAUAACCUCUUCACAUGUUUUCUCAUUGUUUUUUGCAAUGUUGAUAAAGCUACUAUUCCAUUUGGUUAUAAUCUAUAAAUUUUAAAGGAAUAUAAAGAAAAUGUAAAAAGUUAGCCAAUUUUUAGAACUUUUCUAAAAAUGUGAAGUUUUGUACUUACAUAUGUUUUCUAAAGUAUUAUAGCAUUUUUAAGUGUACUUUGUUGCCACUUUUAGUGUUUUGUUGCUUUUGUCUGAUUUUUAUGAAUGUUCAUUUUAAGACUCCUUGUUGAAAUGGGACAGUUUGGAAACGUUCUUUGAUAAGACCGAGAAGAGGAUUCCCUUGGGUGUUGAGCCCAUGCAUCUGAACUGCACCCAAGGGCCUUUCCCUUUUCCAAGUGGACUCCCUCCCUGGAGCUGUGGCUCAGUCAUCUGGAGAAGGACCGGGCCACAAGUGCUGCCUGAAGAAAAGGAACACAGGACAACUUGUCUCACAGUUUCGAGGCUCAUGCUCAGCCUGCUCAUUUGAGUUUGCAUGUUUCUCUGCACUAUGGAUUUUGAACAUUUAGAUUUCUUUAAUUGACUACAUUUUAACUACCAAGUAGCAUUUUCUUUCCAAGCAUUGUGCUUUGCAUGAUAGCAGGCCAAAUAGAGAAGGAAAAGUAAAGUUAAAGUCGGUUCUCGUUCAUAGCAACACGUAUUGUUUGACGUUCAGCCAGCUUUUUUCCCCCAGUGAUUUCUUUCUUUCAUGUAUUCAGAAUGCCCCAGGUAUCUCUGGAGAUUCCCAGAGUACCCAGCUCAGCCCUAGUGUAGAACCCUUAGGAAUAUCAACCUUUGGUGGCAGGUGGUGGCACAGUUGCCCACAGCACUACAGUCUUCCUGGU